GCGAAAGAUUCCUUGUGGCGUGUGCAGUGCCCGCGUCUGGAUGAAGAAGCGCAUUUCGUGAAUGGAUGCAUUUUAUCGCAGGAAUGGAUUGCUCCCGAGUGCUCUGCCAGGUCCUGUGCGCUUUCCUUUUGGCAUUUGCUGGUCAGGGCCUGUGUUCUAGUGAUGAGACGCGUCUGGUGAAGGAGAUCUUCACCAACUACAACAAGGUGGUUCGGCCGGUCAACCAUUUCAAAGACUCUGUGGUGGUGACCGUGGGGCUGCAGCUCAUUCAGCUCAUCAGCGUGGAUGAAGUGAAUCAGAUUGUCACCAGUAAUGUGCGACUGAAGCAGCGCUGGAAGGACGUCAAUCUGCAGUGGAACCCUGAUGACUAUGGCGGCAUUAAGAAAAUACGCAUUCCCUCCACGGACAUCUGGAGGCCAGACCUGGUACUCUACAACAAUGCAGACGGUGACUUUGCCAUCGUUCACGAGACGAAGGCUCUGUUGGAGCACACGGGCAUGGUGACGUGGAACCCGCCGGCCAUCUUUAAGAGCUACUGUGAGAUCAUCGUGCUCCACUUCCCCUUCGACCUGCAGAACUGCAGCAUGAAGCUCGGCACUUGGACCUACGACGGCAACCUGGUCGUCAUCAACCCGGAUAGUGACCGGCCAGACCUGAGUAACUUCAUGGAGAGCGGCGAGUGGGUGAUGAAGGACUAUCGUAACUGGAAGCACUGGGUCUACUACGCCUGUUGCCCGGAUACGCCCUACCUGGACAUCACCUACCACUUCCUGAUGCUGAGACUGCCCCUCUACUUCAUCGUCAACGUCAUCAUCCCCUGCAUGCUCUUCUCCUUCCUCACAGGCCUGGUGUUCUACCUGCCAACAGAUUCAGGUGAGAAGAUGACCCUGAGCAUCUCCGUCCUGCUGUCCCUCACCGUGUUCCUGCUGGUCAUCGUGGAGCUCAUCCCGUCCACCUCCAGCGCCGUGCCGCUCAUCGGGAAGUACAUGCUCUUCACCAUGGUCUUCGUCAUCGCCUCCAUCAUCAUCACCGUCAUCGUCAUCAACACACACCACCGCUCCCCCAGCACACACACCAUGCCCCAGUGGGUCCGCACGAUCUUCAUUGACACCAUUCCCCACCUGAUGUACUUCUCUACCAUGAAGCGUCCGUCUGAGGAACGCCGGGAGAAGCAGAUCUUCCAGAAUGACAUUGACAUCUCGGAAAUCUCCGGAAAGCCAGGGCCUGCUUUCAUGACCUUCCAGUCACCCGUCAUCAAGAAUCCGGACGUCCGGAGUGCCAUCGACGGCGUCAAGUACAUCGCUGAGACUAUGAAGAGUGACGAGGAGUCCAACAAUGCAUCGGAGGAGUGGAAGUUUGUGGCCAUGGUGAUGGAUCACAUUCUGCUGUGUGUGUUCAUGGCUGUGUGUAUCAUCGGGACAAUGGGAGUUUUUGCUGGACGUCUGAUUGAGCUGCACAUGCAGGGCUGAAAGCUCUGGAGGCCCGAGCACAAGCCUGGGACUGAGUUAUACAUGUCUCACCCCCAUAUGCUCACUUUUCCUGGGACACUUGAGUGCUGUGUGUUCUCCCCACUCACGUGAAUGUUUGGAUUCCCAGAUGUUCUGUAUGUGUGGCACAGUGAAGUCAGUCUUUCAGCCCAGACAGUCUGUCACCCCUGUAUUUGUAUAAACACACACACACACACACACACAGACA